AUGUCAUACAGUACCUCACUUGAAUCAUUGGGAGAUUCACAAUCACCACCAAAAGAUGGAGAAGAGUGUUUAAAUGUAUUGAAUCCUAUCAUUGAUUUAAAUGCAAAUACUAAUGAAGAACCACUAACAAAUGAAUCAACACCGGGAAAUGAAGUUGUGAAUGAAGAAAAUGUUGAGAGGAGUGACAUUGUUAUUCAAAAGUCCAAGAGGAAGAAAACUUCUCUAGUUUGGGAUCACUUCAAAAAAGUGGAAUUAAAGAAUGGAAAAAAAUGGCAAUGUAUACACUGUAAAAACAAUUAUUCUGUUGUUGCUAGUGGAUCAACCAGUCAUUUGAUGAGGCAUUUAAAACAAACAUGUCAUGUUUACAAGAAGCUAGUAGCACAACAAAAAAAAUUAAAUUUUCAGCCAGCAAAAAGCAAGAUUGAUGAGAAGCUUUUUGGACCACUACUAAUGAAUUCAAGAGGUAAAUAUGACCAUGAAAGACAACGAGAAGCCACCGCACAUUGGAUUAUGAUGCAUGAACAUGCAUUUAAUAUUGUUGAGGAAGAAGGUUUUCAUUUUAUGAUGAAGUGUUCUAAUACUUCAUAUGAGAAAAUUAGUCGGAAGACAUUGAAGAAUGAUUGUAUUGCUGUUUAUGAAGCUGAAAGAAAAAAGUUGAAGUCUACUUUAAGGACAGUAAAUAAGAUUUGUUUGACCACUGAUUUAUGGAAGUCACAAAAUCAGAAGAUAGAAUACAUGGUGUUAACGGGCCAUUUCAUUGAUGCUGACUGGGUUUUGCAGAAACGCAUUCUUAGUUUUGUUCAUGUUCCUCCUCCUCGGCGUGGUGUUGAUAUUGCUGAUGCUAUCCUCAAAUGUCUUAAAGAUUGGGAUGGUAUUGGGAAAAUAGCAAAAAUAGUUGAAGACGUGCGUGAAAGUGUGAAGUUCAUCAAUCAGUCUGAAGCAAGGUUGCAAACAUUCUCACAAAUAGUUCAACAACUAAAGCUUGGUGGUAAAAAAUUAAUUCUUGAUUUCCAUACUCGUUGGAACUCCACCUAUCAAAUGUUGUCAGUUGCAAUGCAGUUCAAAGAAGUCUUCCCUCGUUUUCAAGAUCGAGAACCAAGCUAUACAACUCUUCCAGAUGAUGAUGAUUGGGAAAAGGUUGAAAAGUUUCCAAGUAGUGAAUAUCCAACUGCUAACUUAUAUCUUGCUGAGGUAUUUCGAAUCAAACUAGUUUUAGAUCAAGCUAUCCAAGAUAAAUCUGAUUUUAUGAAAGAAAUGGCAAAAGGGAUGAAGGGAAAAUUUGAUAAAUAUUGGAGCCAAUGUAAUCUUGUUAUGUCGCUUGCUUCUGUUUUGGACCCUAGGAUCAAAAUGAUGGGUGUUAACAUGUGUUUUCCCUUAAUUUAUCCGGAAGUUGUAGCUAGAAAAAAUAUAGAAAAUGUGCGUAUCGCGCUUGAUGAUAUGUACAAAGAGUAA